UUACAAAAAGUUGAAAAAAACAGCAUCCAAACUAGUAAACUUCCAUGUGUCAACGUUAACAUAGCUCAGCCAGCAUUCUACCAUUCUACUACCAUGAACGCGAUUCUCUCUUGGUAAGUUGGUAAAAGGUUCGACUCUCUGUAGAAUAGCUUGGAAUUUGUUCAAAUCGGAUCAAGAAAAGCAAUAAUUGAGGGAUGAGGCGAAGGCCUGGAAUCGGCGGUUUGCAGACGGCCGCUGCUGCUAGGGAUCAAUAUCGAUUGCUCGGAGAAAAUGUGGCAAAGUUACGAACUGAUCUUAUGAAAGAGCAGCUCACCACUUUUCGAUCUCAGUUGGAAGACUUUGCUCGCAAACAUAAGAAUGACAUCCGCAAGAACCCUGCAUUCAGAUCACAAUUCCAUGAGAUGUGUGCAAAAGUAGGAGUAGAUCCCUUGGCCUCAAAUAAGGGUUUCUGGGCAGAGCUGUUAGGGAUUGGUGACUUCUACUAUGAACUAGGUGUGCAAAUUGUUGAAAUUUGCUUGGCUACUAGACCCCACAAUGGAGGUUUGAUCAACUUGGAAGAACUCUGUAAAUUGCUUGGUCAGAAACGAAAAAGUUCUCGUGAAGCUGUGUCUGAGGAUGACUGCUUGCGUGCUAUAAGUAAGCUGAAGGUAUUAGGUAGUGGUUUCGAAGUGAUUACUGUUGGAAAGAGAAAACUUGUUCGCUCUGUUCCAACCGAGUUGAAUAAAGACCACAAUGAAAUUUUAGAGCUGGCGCAGGCUAAAGGAUUUGUGACGGUUGAAGAGGUAGAGAGACGGCUAUCCUGGUCCCCUGGCCGGGCCACUGAUGCCCUUGAAACUUUAUUAGAUGAAGGUCUUGCAAUGAUUGAUGACGGUCACAGAGAUGGUAAACGCCUAUACUGGUUCCCCUGUGUAUCUUCUAUUUCCUCGUAUGUAGGAGCUGAUAAUCUUUAAGAUCUGAAGUUUUUGAAAUUACAAUUUUUGCACUGUAUGAUGUUGUAAGUGGAUAUCUUUACAAUUGCAAAAGAAAAAUCAAGUUAUUUUUUAAUAAAAUUAUUCCUACUGGAUACACUGCUUGUAUGUUGCCGAGAAACCCAAUUUGUUCAAGGCAUGCAAAAUUUUGGUCACCUGUACAGCUAUUAGCCUAGAGAGAGCUGAACACAGUAUUAGGCGGGCUGGGUUUUAAUAUGGCUUCACUUCAAGACAUCAAGCCCAACCUUACACACCGUUUAUCUAACCAUCUCUGAGAUAUGUAACCAGUAACAGAGCAGGAUUACCUUUCAUACCUCGUUCGUUCGUUUGUUUUUUUUUUAUUUAAAGACUAGAGUUUUAGUUUCCAAUCUGAUUUUCGUUUAGUUUGUAUUGAUAUUAAACAUUUUUCGAAAAAGAUUCAGUAUUUUCAGUUUGAUUGAUUGUAAAAGUUUUACACAAGUUUUAAGGAACAUGACAUGUGGAAGCUUUUGGUCAAACUUUCGCAUCACGUGCCAACAUGCUAAAAUAUGUUUGAAUGUAAAGCAUUUUAAAGACUUUUCAAAGGACAAGGUCGCUUGCGAAACUAGUGAACUUUUGAUCGGUUGGAUGGAAGUUUAAUAUAGGAUAACAUAUGACUGUAUGAGAGUCAUGACAUGUUAACGUAUCGAAAGUGAUAAAAGAAAGAGGGUUAUUUUGAAUAUAUGGUAAUUUGAAUUCACAAAUUAGAAAAAAUUCAUUAAAGAUUUUAAUAUAUUAUUGAUAAAAUUGAAUGAUCUUUUUUGUUAUCUCGGUACAUGUUUUUAUAAUAAAUAAAAUCAUAAAACUAUAAAGAAAAUUAAUAACAAAAAAAAAAAAAAAAACUAAUUACUUAAUAAACUAAAAACACAAGAAAAUCUAAUAUAAGAAAACUAAAAAUAUAAGAAAAUUACCUAAAACUAAAAAUUCUCUAAAAAUAUAAAAUAAAAAUAAAUAAAUAAACCUAAUUAAAAGAAAAAAAAAACCCACUAAAUUCUGUCUUACAUCACAUGGGCAUAAAUUGAACACGCUUGAACUCUUUAGACAUUCACAAUGGUAAAUAUUUUUGGGUUCCUACCCUUGGAAAGCAUUGGACAUUGUUUGAUUUUUAUAACACUUGGAAAAUCAAAUACACCAUGAAAGUGAACCAAAUUGGAAAUUAUACCUCUACUGGGUCACAAAGCCCCUUAUCAUAUACACAAAAUUAUGUUCCUUGCAAUUUGCACGGAACUCUAUUCACAAACCACACAUUCUAGCAGGAUAAACAAAUAUAUAUAUAUAUAUAUAUAUAUAUAUAUAUAUAUA